GAUAAAGCUGCAACCCAACCAGACAGUAAGCAUUCUGCGUAAGCAGUAAGCACAUGAACUUUGAUCUCCUCUAAUAGCCGCUUCUUCGAAUCUGAAAGGGAAGUUCUUUCUAGGAAUCUCUCACGCUCUCUCUCAAAAAGACAAUUUCCCAUAAAAAAGAAGGAAAAAAAAGGGAGGGCGUUCACGAAAAGGGUGGAAGGGGAGAGUCGGAGACCACCAUCUUCAGGCAGCAUUUUUCUGGAAAAGAAAAAGAAAAGCAUUCCCCACCCUUUCUCCUGAACUCAACCGACCAGCCACCUCCUCCAUCUCCGUCCGACUACCUCCUGCCGGCGACUGCUCGCAUCCCAUUCCCGGAACCCUACCUUACUCCUUCACCGUCACCUACUUCUUUACUCUCACGAAAAAAAAAAAAAGAAUCUUCGUCUUUCUCUACUCCGGGAACGGUCGCCAUUGAAGCCCCACACAAAACCUCGGAGCCACUGCCGAUCGACGUCGUCCGCCACCUCCAGAACAUCCUCCGCCCACUGCCAUUCGUCGUCGCGGUCCCUGACCUCGGUGGAGUCGACUGAAGCCGAACACGAGUUUGGAGUCGCUAUUCUCAACCUUCGCCGCUGACGAUGGCCACGUAAACCAAGCCAGUACAAAGUAUAUCCACCUAAGAGAAAGCUGCAACCCUACCGGACACUAAGCAUUCUGAGGAAGCACAUCAAACUUCAUCUCCUCUAAUGGCUGCUUCUUCAGAUUUGAAAGCAAAUUAUGAUGUCUUCCUGAGUUUUAGAGGUACAGACGUUCGAAAAAGCUUCCUUAGUCAUUUCUACACGGCGCUUGCCCAAAAAGGAAUCUACAGUUAUGUUGAUAGCGAGGAGCUUCGGAAAGGCGACUGUAUAAAGCCGGCGCUUAUGAAGGCGAUUGAGGAGUCGUGUAUUGCGAUCAUCAUUUUCUCUGAGGACUAUGCUUCCUCACCGUGGUGUUUGGAAGAGGUGGAGAAAAUCAUGGAGUGCAAGGAGCAAAGAGGACUCACGGUAUUUCCGGUGUUUUACAAAGUGGAUCCUAGAGAAGUGAGAACACCAAGAAAGAGCUACCGAAAAGCUAUGGUUAAGCAUGAGAGAAAGUUUGGGAGAGAUUCAGAGAAGGUGAAGAGAUGGAAAAAGGCUCUCCUUGAUGCGGGUAGCUUGUCUGGGUGGGAUUUGAAGGAUAAAGAUGAAGUAGAUCUUAUCAAUAGAAUUGUGCGGGAGAUCUCUAUGCAACUGGACCGAAAACCAUUACACGUUGCCAAGCAUCCGGUUGGAAUACAUCGACAAGUGGUAAAGCUGGAAUCUAUGUUAAAUCUUGAGUCUCAUGAUGAUGUUGUCAUGAUAGGAUUAUGGGGACAAGGAGGCAUAGGAAAAACAACAUUAGCCAAAGCCCUUUAUAAUGAUAUAUUCAGAGGAUUUGAUGCUUCAUGUUUUUUGGCAAACGUUCGUGAAACUUCAAAAGAUUCCAAAGAUUUAGUUCAUUUGCAGGAAAAAUUGUUGUCUGAGAUAUUAGUGGGAAAAGAAUUAACAAUGUUUAGUGUUGAUGGAGGUAUUAAUUUGAUGCAACAUAGACUUUGCCGCAAAAGAGUCCUCCUUGUUCUCGACGAUGUCAAUGACGUAAAACAAUUAAAUGCUUUAGCUGGAGGGCGUGAAUGGUUUGGUAAAGGAAGCAGAAUCAUCAUUACUACAAGAGAUAACCAUCUAUUAACUGUCCAUGGGAUAGAUGAAGAUCAUAUCUAUGAAGUUAAAAUUCUAGAUGAUUUGGAAGCUCUUGAACUUUUCGAUAAACAUGCUUUUCUUGGAAGUAAGGAAAUAGUGAUAAGCAGGGAUCUUGUGGAUAGUGCUUUGCAUUAUGCUGAUGGCCUUCCUUUAGCAUUGUGGUUGGGCUCUUACUUAUGUGGUAGAAGAGAACAUGAGUGGGAAAGCGCAUUGAAUAAACUUGCUAAAAGUCCUGACAAAACCAUCAAUGAUGUUCUCAAGUUAAGUUACAAUGGAUUAGAGGACUGUGAAAAGGAGAUAUUCCUUGAUAUUGCAUGUUUCUUCAAGGGGCAAUCUAUAGAGUACAUCAUGGAAGUCCUUAACAGUUGCGACUUUGACACAACUAUUGGAGUAGAAGUUCUUGUUGAGAAGUCCUUAAUAACUAAAGAAUGGGAUUCAAUACAAAUGCAUGACUUGAUUCAAUUGAUGGGCAUGGACAUUGUUAAACAAGAAUGUCGCGAUGAUCCUAGAAGACGCAGCAGGUUAUGGCUUUGUGAAGACGUCCAUGAUGUUCUGUCAGGGGAUAUGGGCACAAAUGCAGUAAAAGCCAUAGUUUUGGUUUUACCCCAGGCAGAAACAAUAUACAUAGGUCCAAAUGCUUUCACAAACAUGAGAAUGUUGAGGUUGCUUGUCAUGAUUAAUGUGCAUAACUCUUUCCAAGGUCCUAUCUGUCUUCCUAAUGCACUGAGAUGGUUUCAAUGGCCUGAAUGUUCUUCUUCGGUUCUUGAAUUUCUCCCUGGCCCAAAGAAGUUAGUCAAACUUGAUCUACGGAAAAGCAACAUUCAAGUCGUGAUGGACCAAUUUAAGGACUUUAAAAAUUUGAAGUUCCUUAACUUCAGUAAAUGUCCGUCAGUGGUUUGUAUGCCAAACCUUGAUUUGACUCCAAAUCUUGAAGAACUGGAUCUUCAUGGGUGCAAAAAUUUGGAGCGUGCUCACGAAUCAGUUGCAUAUCAUGCCAAGUUACGGUUGUUGAAUUUAAAAGGGUGUUCUAACCUUUAUCAUUUCCUUGAUGUGCUCCAAUCCAAGAAUCUUCAAGUUCUCAAUCUUAUUGGUUGCUCAAAGUUGCAAAGAUUCCCUGAUAUUCCGGAUAAAAUCAAAGGCUUAGAAGAACUUUAUUUAAGAGGGACUUCAAUUGAAGAACUUCCUACAUCCAUAGAAAAUCUUGUCUAUUUGGAGAAAUUGAAUUUAAUUGAUUGCAAGAAACUGGCAAACCUCCCACCUAGCAUUUACAAGUUGUCAAAUCUUGAGCGCUUGAUACUUAGUGGUUGUUCAAAACUAAAAAAGUUUCCCAUAAAGGAGGAUUUGUGUGACCCGCAUAGCAAGAUGGGGUUUCCUAAACUAGUGACCUUAAGGCUUGAGGGAUGCAAUCUAUUGGAAGGAGAGUUCCUGAAGAAUCAUUCAUGUUUUCCACGGUUAAGAAAUUUGUAUUUGUCCAUACACAAUUUUGCUAAGCUUCCAACGUGCGGGCAUCUACAUAAAUUGCACAACUUGCGUGUUUCGGAAUGCGGACAGCAACAAGAGAUUGGCAAGAUUCCAGGGCAAUUGCAGCCUUUAUCGGCAAUGAAUUGUGAAUCUCUAAGUAAAAUUCCCUCCGACAUGUGGGCUGUUAACCAUAUUGAUGAACUGCUGCUUAAUAAGCUGUUUCAUCCCAGAGAGUAUUGCUACAUUCUUCUACCUGGAGGAGAGAUGCCGCAUUGGUUGCUCUCGAAUAAAGAGGGUUAUAUAUCUUUCCCGGCUUCAAAGGACUUGUAUAAGAAAUUCCUAACAUUAACAAUCUGCUUUAUAUAUCGAGUGAAGGAAGGGAAACGAAAUGCCUCAUAUCGCUGUCAUCAAUACGUUAAUGGCAAAUUCGAUCAUAUCGAGGGAAACAGACUUCCUUUAGUGUAUUCGGAUCAUGUAUGGCUUAAAUGUCGUAGGAUACACAAAGUUUGGCAAGGAGACCCUUUUGGUCCAAAUGACUGGAGUUCUUUCCAGCUUGGCAUUAGAGUAUCAAGUGGCGUAAUUGUAAAAAAGUGCGGAUUUCGAAUAAUAUGCAAGUCAUUAGAGGAUGAUUUGGAGGCUUUGUAUCAAGAGGAAAAGUUGCAGGAUCCAGGUUUGAUCUAUGAGAUUUGGCAUAGCGAUGAAGAAACAACCACAGAGGAAGAAAGGCACCCGGCAAAUAAGCUGGGGCGAUUCCAUGAAGAGGAUGCAAUCUUACAACAAGACCCUAUAUCUUCUGACGACGAAUACGACGAGAUGCUGCCUAGCAAGGGCGACGAGGCUUAUAUUGAUCUCAUGCCUAGCUUCCCACGCAACGAUAUCAUGGCUGACUUUUCAGUUGAGAGGUAUCGCUAUCCCACAAUUUCUACUUACUCCAGAGAUAUUCUCCUUGGAGGAGAUAUGCCAGAGGAGUUCGUCCUUGUUGAAGGCAGUACCAUAUCUUUCAUGGUUUCACGAGACUUUUAUGAUAAGUUCAUGGGAUUAGCUCUCUGUGUUGUUUUCAGUGUAGACAAUGGAGAAAAGGAAAUACUUUUCGACAUCGUGCCCCAUGUUAACGGCCAAAGACGAAAUAGGCUAUCAGGAUCUCUUGGUUCAUUUGAUUCGGAUCACAUGUGGAUUCAAUAUCUCAAACCAAAUGUGCUGUGGGGAAUGUUGGAGGGAGCAGUUGAUUUUCUUGAAUUUGAUGAGGAUCGCUUACGAUUUAGCCUCACACUCAGCAUAUUGGGUGGAACUAUGAAAAAGUUUGGAUAUGUGCUAAGAUGCAAGCAAAUAGAUGAUGAUUUGAAGGUUGUGCUUGAAGACAAUCAAUUAGUGGAUCCAGCUUCAAUCUAUGAAAUGAAGUUCGAAGAAUUCUUUUACAAAUUUCUCCCACGCCAAAAGGAGGGAUUGGAAUGCCAAAGGGAGGAAUCGAAACGCCUAAUGGAGGAAUCGGAAUGCCAAGAGGAAUGCGCAAGGGAGAAAUUGAAACAGCAAAUGGAGGAAAUGAACGCCAGUGACAGCAGUGACAACGAAACAGAUUAAAUGGGAAGAGGCGAGUGUAGUAGUGUUGGCAUGCAGCUCUAAAGUACGCAAUUAUUAAGCUAGCGGAACAAAUUGAGGGUUGGCAUAUGUUUCCCGAUAUGUCGGAACAUCUGUGUUUGUCGUUGAAGUAAGAGAUGGCGUUCAAUUCAAUAUCUAAUGUUAGAUUCGAAAAAUGGAGAGAGGGUGACUUGGUAAGGCACUUCAAUCCAAUAGAACGUGGCAUCAUGUUUGGUUCAAAUAUCUCCAGCACGUGUAGUCAAAUCAUAUCAAUAAAUGAUAUAUCAGUGUUUUUCAUUACUUAGAUUGGGUGGAGUUAACAAAAAUACUAAAUUGUAUUGAUUGGACAGAUUUUAAGACUAGAUUUCACUUUUUGAAAGUUUUGGAACUUAUUUUACAACUUAUGGAGUACUUAUUUAUAAACAAAUUGUAUUCAUAUUUCA